AUGGACGGACGAUGGACGGACGGACGACAGAAGGACGACGAAUUGGAGCGCGAGUCGGUCAGCGGCUGUGCAAAUGUGUACUGCGAGCGGAAGCAUGUGUGUUGGAGCCGUCCAGCAGAAAAAACACCCAUUUCAUGUCGGCUAUGUUUCGAAGCGAUCAUUUCAUUCCCGAAUGACAUAUGUACGUUGAAAACAAAUGAUCCAUUUCGCAUCGUGAAUAUGGAAUUCGUACAGAAAAAGCGUAUCGACGCUGUUUAA